CAGCAACAGAAGCAGCGGGCGGGCAGGGCAGGCGGGCAGGGGGCAGUGGAGUGAGCUCCUGGGGCGGUGUGGGCCAAGGUGCAGCUCGAACGGGACGGCCCCCAGCCCUGGACAGAUGCAGCGCCCAACUUGAUGCAGCCCUCCAGCCUCGCCGAGGCCCAGGGGAGUCCAUGGUCACCAUCAUCUGAAGCCACUUGCCAAAAAGGUCCAUGUCAUCAUCUGUUCCAGGACUGAAGAGGGAAUGGCUGCAGCCACAGUAGCUCCAAAGCAAGCCUGGCCCCCAUGGCCCCCUCUCCUUUUCUUGCUCCUCCUGCCCGGAGGGAGCAGUGGCGGCUGCCCUACUGUCUGUGACUGUACGUCUCAGCCCCGGGCAGUGCUCUGUGCCCACCGGAGGCUGGAGGCUGUGCCUGGGGGACUCCCGCUGGACACUGAGCUCCUGGACCUGAGUGGGAACCGCCUGUGGGCGCUUCAGCAGGGGAUGCUCUCCCGCCUGAGCCUGCUCCAGGAACUGGACCUCAGCUACAACCAGCUGUCCACCCUGGAGCCGGGGGCCUUCCAUGGCCUACAAAGCCUCGUCACCCUCAGACUGCAGGGCAAUCGGCUGCGAAUCAUGGGGCCUGGGGUCUUCUCAGGCCUGUCUUCUCUUACCUUGCUGGACCUCCGCCUUAACCAGAUUGUCCUCUUCCUUGACGGAGCAUUUGGGGAGCUGGGCAGCCUCCAGCAGCUGGAGGUUGGGGACAACCACCUGGUGUUUGUGGCUCCAGGGGCCUUUGCAGGACUGGCCAAGCUGAGCACCCUCACCCUGGAGCGUUGCAACCUCAGCACAGUGCCUGGCCUGGCCCUGGCCCGGCUCCCAGAACUAGUGGCCCUAAGGCUUCGAGAACUAGAUAUUGGGAGGCUGCCGGCGGGGGCACUCCGGGGGUUGGGGCAGCUAAAGGAGCUGGAGAUCCAUCACUGGCCAGCUCUGGAGGCCCUGGAGCCUGGGAGCCUGGCUGGACUCAAUCUUAGCAGCCUGGCCAUCACUCGCUGCAAUCUGAGCUCCGUGCCUUUCCAGGCACUGCACCAUCUGAGCUUCCUCAGGGUCCUGGAUCUAUCUCAGAACCCCAUCUCGGCCAUUCCAGCCCGAAGGCUCAGUCCCCUGGUGCGACUCCAGGAGCUUCGGCUGUCAGGUGCCUGCCUCACCUCCAUUGCUGCCCAUGCCUUCCAUGGCUUGACUGCCUUCCACCUCCUAGAUGUGGCGGACAACGCCCUUCAGACACUCGAGGAAACGGCCUUCCCUUCUCCAGAUAAAUUGGUCACCCUGAGGCUGUCUGGAAACCCCCUGACCUGUGACUGCCGCCUCCUGUGGCUGCUGCGGCUCCGCCGCCACCUGGACUUCGGCACGUCCCCCCCUGCCUGUGCUGGCCCUCAGCAUGUCCGAGGCAAGAGCCUGAGGGACUUCUCAGACAUCCUACCUCCAGGGCACUUCACUUGCCAACCAGCCCUAAUCCAAAAGUCUGGGCCACGAUGGGUCAUCGCAGAGGAGGGGGGACGUGCUGUUUUCUCCUGCUCUGGGGAUGGAGACCCAGCCCCCACUGUCUCUUGGAUGAGGCCUCCGGGAGCGUGGCUGGGAAGAGCUGGGAGAGUAAGGGUGCUAGAGGAUGGGACGUUGGAGAUCCGUUCAGUGCAGCUACGGGAUAGGGGGGCCUAUGUCUGUGUGGUCAGCAAUGUUGCUGGGAAUGACUCCCUGAGGACCUGGCUGGAAGUAAUCCAAGUUGAGGCCCCAAAUGGCACUCUCUUUGACCACAACAUCACCAUGCCAGGGGUCCCAGGGCCUUUCUUCCUGGACAGCAGAGGUGUAGCUAUGGUGCUGGCGGUUGGCUUCCUCCCCUUCCUCACCUCUGUGACCCUCUGCUUUGGGCUCAUUGCCCUCUGGAGCAAGGGCAAAGGACGGGUCAAGCAUCACGUGACCUUUGACUUUGUGGCACCCCGGCCCUCUGGGGAUAAGAACUCUGGGGGUAACCGGGUCACAGCCAAGCUCUUCUGACCUUGACUUUCAUACUGGGGACCCAGCCAAGCCAGCUUCAGAUACCAAAAAAGAAGGGAACCAAGGUCACUUGGUUGGGAACCCCAUCCCAAGCAGCAUAGGCCUCCCACACCUCCUACCUGCACUGUGCUCACAGCUAUGACACCUCCUGAUAGGGUCUGCCUCAUGCAUUUGCAGUUUGAGGAUAACAUGGUUACCUCUUCCCUGAGGGUCCCAGGGAGCUGGAGAUAGAGACCUUAUAGUCAGCCCAGCCUUCACCCCACCAUACACAAAGCAGAAAAUAUAACCAAGGCUCCAGCCUGCUAGUCUAACCACCAGGCUUCCUUUACACACACUUAUACGCUUUAAUAACGAAUACCAACUGCCAACCACAGCUAUAAGAUUAUUUCAGAGGGAAGUGCCACUUGCUUCUUGGAAUCUUUGCUCUUCAGUCAGGUAGUGUCCCUCUCUUCCUGCUCUGUCCCCUUCUCUAGGCACAAGGAACUAGGGUCGAGGACCUCAGGCUCAGGAGAAGAGGGUAUGAAUGUGGAAUGGGGGCAGACAGACUACACACUGGCACUGUGUCCGCAUGAGCCUCUACCACCUGCCUCUGUUGUAUCAUUAAACCUGCUGCCCAAAGGCCAUGACCGUAGCAGCCCAAACUACAUGGAUUUCUGGAGUUUUUCUUUACUUCAGACUUUUCAUGCCCCUUAU